AAAGAAGCAUCUCUUUCUCUCUCUUUUUUUUUUCUCUUUUUCUCAUAACACCCCAACCUUUUAGACGCAUCGAGGAAAUGACCGCAGAUAAACACGGAUUCAGCCUUACUCAACUUACUUCCGAGAAAAUCGAGCGCGUCAAACGCGAUCCAAAGUAUAAGCAGCUCACAGACGAAGAUAUUGCCUUUUUCAAAAGCUUUCUUCCUGAAAAAUGCGUGCUGGAACGCGACUCAAUGUCAGUGUCUGAGCAUACCAAAUACGUAUGCGACUGGUACAACAUGUUCCGUGCCAACACAGCUGUAAUUCUGUUACCGGAAACGACAGAACAAGUGUCGAAGAUUCUCAAGUAUUGUAAUGAUCAGUUGAUUGCUGUUGUCCCUCAGAGUGGAAACACUGGCGCUUCCGGAGGAUCCAUCCCUGUGUUUGAUGAGAUCAUUAUCAGCACACAAAACAUGACCAAGAUACGUAAAUUCGAUGAGCUCAGAGGCGAUCUGGUCUGCGAUGCUGGAUGUGUUCUACAAGAGCUUGAUGAACAUCUUUCCCAGGCUGGGUUUCAGGUUCCUUUGGAUUUACCCGCGCGUCACAUCUGUCGUAUUGGAGGAAAUAUUGCGACAAAUGCUGGCGGCAUCCGCCAGAUGCGGUUUGGAAACUUGCAUGGAAGCAUCAUGGGUCUUGAAGUUGUUCUUUCCGACGGAUCUAUCAUUGAUAACCUGACGACCAUGCGCAAGGACAAUGCGGGUUACCAUUUAAAAAACCUGUUUCUUGGAUCGGAAGGCACACUAGGCUUUAUCACGGGCGUAUCGCUGGCUACCGCUCAAAUUCGUCCUGCCGUCAAUGUUUUCUUGAUUGCUUUACAAACUUUCGAACAUGUCGUUAAAGCAUACGGGCUGGCCCGUCGUGAGCUACCAGAAACAAUUGCUGCAUUUGAAGUUUUGGAUGCUUCGACGGUCAAGGUUGUCAAGGAUCAGGAAUUCCAAAUUCCCAAAGGAUCACCGUUCCCGCUUGAAAAGGAAACACAUCCAUUUUAUGUUGUCAUGGAAACUGCUGGCAAGGACCGUGAUAUUGAGGAUCUGAGAGCGAAUCGACUUUUGAAGCAACUGUUCGAUAAAGAAAUAAUAUUGGAUGGCCAGGUGGCUCGCACGCCUGAUGAGAUCGAGCGGUUCUGGUCAUGGCGUAACAACGUCCCCAAGGCUAUUGUUCAGCAGGGACCUACAUCGAUUCAUUUCGACGUUUCGUUGGACCUCCCAUUGUUGUAUAAGCUGGUUGAAGAUACCCGUGCAUGGGCUAUUGCGGAUGGCAUGAUUGGGCGUGAUAUUGUUGCAAUUUACGGUUAUGGACAUGUAGGCGAUGGCAACAUGCACUUGACUAUACCAGCAAUAAGAGAGGAUGAGGCUGUGCGAACCAAGAUUGAUGAUUUUGUAUAUGAAUGGGUUGCUGAACAUAAGGGCAGUGGCUCUGCGGAACAUGGCAUCGGUAUGAUGAAGGCUGCAUAUUUGUCGUACAGUAAAUCAAGUACUAUCAUCGACAAUAUGCGCAAGAUCAAGAAUGUAUUUGAUCCUAAUGGUAUCAUGAAUCCAUAUAAACUGUUCCCAACCAAGGAAGAAGAAGAGCAUGGAGAAAGCGUACGAAAGCGUGACCACGUAGGAUGCUAAGGAAAACAAUCCAAACGACAAGAAAAGUUACGGAAAAUAAAUGGCAAUUGCCGCAAGUGUAACCUUGACUUUUGUAACCAAUCUUUCCGACAAAACAUUUCAUAGCAAUGAAACGCCUAAUAUAGGCAAGCAUUGGCUAUGUUACAGUGCCAUGUGCGUGUAGUAGAU